UGAAGUUGUAUCCAUUGAAGACAUGUUAAUGUUGGGGCCAUCCACUUGUUUCGGAUGCGUGAUUCAAUCUCUGGCUGGUAGCAGCCUCCAAGUGCAGAUUCCGCUUUCCUUUGCAUGCUUUACAGCUCUUACGUCACUGGGCUGGAGUCGCACACCCAUUUGGAACACGGGAUCUUGAGUACGCGCUUCUCUCUGGACCUUGCAAGAGGUCCUAAAAACUAGUGCGGCUUCACCUCCCUUCAACUUUGGUCGGCCUCCUGCUCCCCAACUUGUUUGUGGAUGGGAGGUACUGUGGGUGGCCCUGCGCUGUUGAAACAGCUCGCGGAGAUGUGGGGCCAACUGUGUGAAAUGUCGAGCGCCCGCAACGUGAAGCUGGACCUCAGCGACAGAGCGCGUGCUGCCCAAGGGCUAGUGGCCGCCUUGCUGGACCGCCUGCUUGAGGAUGCGCAAGGGAUGCCAGGAUUGCGUCGAAGCUUGGAUGCCGUUCUGAAGGAUCCAAAGAUUCGCACGACGUUGAGCAAAGAUCUCAACGUGCCGCUGCCGCCAGUAGAGGGCAAGCCCGAAGGCGUGGGGCGGGAAUGCUGGACGACUUGA